UCACAGCUGUAUGAAGAACUCGUGUGGACGCUGACUGCAUGGGUUUGACCUAUGUUGCAAAAAACAUUUACAUAGUCUUCUGUCAACGAUUUUUAUUUAUUUCGGGUGAAUAUGGGAGGUAAUGGUCCUAGCCAAUUUGCACAUGAAGGCGAUGGUGAAGGCGGUGGAGUGUCUUUUGUGAAGGGCAUUCGGCUGUCAGACCGAGUUGUCCACAGAAUGAAAGAGUCUCAAAAGGUGGCCAGACCUCAUCCAUCUGAUAAUAAACAACAAGCGCCCUCACACCCUGAACCAGAAGCAACAGCGCCCACAGCCCCGGCACCUUCUGCUGAGCACGUCUCAACACCGCCGGAAUCUCCCAUAGCUCCACUCAUCCCCACCCUACCUGCCCAAGAACCGACGGCUGCCUCAACACCUCCCAUCGCCCAGCCCAUAAAACUCACCACUCCUCCGCCUGUGAAGUUCCAUUCGGCCCCUCCCCCUGUUGCACACCAAGAGCCUAUAAUGGAAACCACGACGGAGCCUGUUGCCAUAACGAUGACCUCCCCUGUCCCCGAACCCGAGGCAACAUCUAAACCGCUUUCUGAACCUGAAAUGGUUCUUCCCACAUUAGUGGAACCCAUCACCCAAUCUGUACCUCCUCAAACUGAAACUGCUCUUCUUACCCUGGUGGAACCCAUAGUCCAAUCUGUACCUCCUCCCCAAACUGAAACAUCUCUUCCAACCAUAGUGGAACCUACAGUGCCUCCUCAAACCUUAGUGGCUCCUCCUACCCUGGUGGAAACUAUAAUCCAAUCUUUAUCUCCUCCUCAAACUGAAACAGCUCUUCCUACCUUGGUGGAACCUACAGUCGAAUAUGUACCCCCUCCUCAAAUUGAAAUGGCUUCUCCUACGUUGGUGGAAGCCAUUGUUCAAUCUGUACCUCCUCCUCAAACUGAAACAUCUCUUCCAACAUUGGUGGAAUCCACAGUCCAAUCUUUACCUCCUCCUCAAACCGAAACAACUCUUCCUACAUUGGUGGAACCCAUAGUCCAAUAUAUUCCCCCUCCUCCUCCAACUGAAAUGGCUCUUCCUACCUUAGUGGAACCUAUAGUCCAAUCUAUAGUGCCUCCUCCAACUGAAACGGCUCUUCCAACCUUGGUGGAACCAAAAGUCCAAUCCAUACCUUCUCCCCAAACUGAAAUGGUGCUUCCUACGUUGGUGGAACCCAUAGUCCAAUUGGUACCUCCUCCUCAAACUGAGACAGCCCUUCCUCUCUUGAAGGAACCUAUAGUUCAAUCUAUAGUGCCUCCCCAAACUGAAAUGGCUCUCCCUCCCUUGGUGGAACCUAUAGCCCAACCUGUGCCUACUCCUCAAACUGAAACCGCUCUUCCUAUGGUGAUGGAACCUGUAGUCGAAUCUAUAGUCCCUCCUCAAACCGUAGUGGCUCUUCCUACCUUGGUGGAACCGGUAGUCGAAUCUGUACCACCUACUUUAAUUGAAACAGCUCUUCCUACAUUGGUGGAACCUAUAGUUGAAGCUAUAUCCUCUCCCCAAACUGAAAUGGCUCUUCCUACGUUGGUGGAACCUAUAGUUGAAUCUAUACCCUCUCCCCAAACUGAAACAGCUCUUCCUACCUUGGUGGAAACGGUAGUCGAAUCUGUUCCACCUACUUUAAUUGAAACAGCUCUUCCUACAUUGGUGGAACCUAUAGUUGAAUCUAUAUCCUCACCCCAAACUGAAAUGGCUCUUCCUACUUUGGUGGAGCCUAUAGUUGAAUCUAUACCCUCUCCCCAAACUGAAAUGGCUCUUCCUACUUUGGUGGAACCUAUAGUUGAAUCUACACCCUCUCCCCAAACUGAAACAGCUCUUCCGAUCUUGGUGGAACCCAAGGUUCUCCUCUCUGCUCCAGUUGAACCUCCAAUCCCUACUGAGGCUGAAGUCACUACUCCCUCUCCACCUCAUCCCCAAACAUUGCAACAGUGCGCCAUAGUCGAAGAGCAACAGGAGACCCCAUGUGCUACUCCAGUGGCAGAACCUACUCUCAAUGUACCUCCCAUUUUCCUCCCGGCUCCAGUUGAAAUGGAGACCUCUCCCCCCAAGCCUUCUGAAGCCAUCCUCGUUACCACCAGCGUCGCUCCAUCUGUGGGAGACAACAUCACUGCUGUUCCAGUUCUAUCCUUUGAAUCUGUUGCUCCUCCAAGCCCCGCUUUCAUCGAUAUCGAGCACUGUGUGGUCUCUCAGACGGCAGUCUCCGAGCCUCCAACCCCUGCAGAUUUACCCCAACCCUGUCACUCCAUGGAGGUUUCUCUCUCAACCUAUGAAUCGGCGGCAGCAGAACCCCCAACGGAGCCCAUAGACAUGGAGCCGCCCCCGCAAGACGCCGAGGCCGAAGUCCAGAGCUCAACUUCCCUUCCUGUUACUGAGGAUCUGUUUCCUGUAUUCAUCUUGCGCCCGCAACCUGUGCCUGAUGUCACAGUGGAUGAAGACGAGCUCAGGAGGAAGGUCAAAGAGGCGCUGCAGGAAGGUCUGGCUGAGGAGAUCACCCAGAAGAAACAGGAGCUUCAACUACAGCUGGAGGAGGCCAAGGCAAAGGCCAGGUCCGAGGCGUGGGCAGCAGCACAGCUACAGAUCCAAGAGCAGGUGAAGCAGACCCUGGAGGCAGAGAAGGCCGGCCACGUGGAGCAGCUCAGAAACGCUCUCCUGACCGAGCGCAUGAAGUGCGAGGACGAGCGGCUGAUCGCUCAGGUGUAUUUGUUGGAGUUGAAGGCCCAUAAACUCGAUGAAAAAGAGAGGGCAUUGAAGGAACAAGACCAACGCUUCAGGGAACAUCUCGACAAACUGGAAGAAAAAAGGUCUCAGUUCUACAAAGUCAGCGCCGAGAACUUCAAGAAGGGACAAGAGGAGACUCACGCUCGUUUUGCGCGCUACAACGUCAGCCCGGCAUGCGGUGACCUCCAGAGUCGUGUGAUGAACUGUUACCGGGACAACGCGGGCCAGGGCCUCGUCUGCUCCCCCAUCGCCGCCGCCUACAUGCAGUGUGUGGCCGACGCCAAGCUGCAGAACAAGCUGAGCACCGGAGGUUAGCGCGGUCUGUGGUAAGGACUUUGCAUAUUGUGUCACUCCUUGCGUGCACAAGAAAAAGAACAAGCACAGGUUCUCACACCGCAAGGGAAACGGAGGACACGCAUCCACAAGACGGCCGACGGCGAGAUUCUUUUAGAUACAGAGAUAGUGACGCACGCCGACCCAAAGACUUCUAUCCACUCGUCCAUCAGUCCCAAGCGUUCCUGGGGUUAUUGUGUGCAGUGAUGACGGUGUGCUGUUAACUCUCACUGUAAAUAUUCAAUACACUCCAUGCUAAUGACAACAUCACCCUUAUCACCUGUUACAUUGAGUGCUACGGCCGUCACAAACACGGCCCUCGACAGAAGAAAGUGAGAAUGAUCAAUUGAAAUUUAAACCUCAGUGUCAUAGAGUUUUAGAUUGUAGUUUUUCUUUCUUGUGUGACUUAAGAUAGGCAUUUAUUUUGUUUGGCUGAUGAUAAUGUAAUGAAGUAUGUGUUUAUGUUUUGUAAUCCAACAUUUGCACAUGUGCCUUAUCCUCUAUUAUGAUCAAUGUAUUGGAAACUGCGUUUGUUGAUUGAUUGAAAAUGAUUUGAAACACCUGCAGCCGUGUUCUUUUUUGUCUUUCAAAACACGGUCAAUGUUAUCAAUCUAUAUUUAUUUUGGUUUUAUCUUGAAUAUAACGUCAGAUAGUACUGCCCUCUUGUGGAUCUGAAACAACUCGUGGAAUUGUUUUUUGUUCAGAGCAAGUAGCCUGCAAUGCCGGUGAGUGAGGUAAGGUUUGUUAGUUAUCCUGCGGCAAAGGGCAACACUUUGAUAACGUUCAACAUUAUUCAAGAGGAUAGUGUGUAUAUUAUUAUAUAGUCGCUUGUUUGGGUUAUAUUUGGGUCAUCCUGUUGGGUUGGGUAUUUGUCGGGUUGUUUUCCUGUCGGGGUUAUUCAAUGUUCUAGUACAUAUGGUCGCCAGAUUGUCUCCAAUGCCAGCGUACUCUUCCUGCAUACCGCCGCGGAGGGCAGAAGCACCUGCCAAGGAAGCGCUUGUGCGGUACAAUGACAAUGUAAGUUUACAUAUCGACGUGUGCUGAUCUGUAAUCUGCUAGAUUCAAGUCCAGGUUGUGAGAUUCGAAGUUAGGGAAAAUACGACAUGUUGGUUAUUUGGUUAGUGAGAGAGGGACCCAACCUGUAGAUGAUCAGGAUCCAACAAUUGUCAAUAUUGGUGUUCAGACCGAAUUUCGUGGUGGAUGUUUGUUUGCAUGCUCGCCAUUGGUAGAUGGUGGAUAUUCAUUUAGCAUUAUAACCUCAUUCUGUUAUUAAUCCUUCAUUUAUUUAUAUAUAU